GAGAGUGAGAGAGAUCGUGAUUGUUCUUCACUGCUCUUCUCCUCUUCCCCGUUGCACUUUCCUCCUCCCAUCGCCAUCAGUUCAUCCGCCACUCUCCUCUCCGUUCACUUUCGUCGGCUAUAGUGGGUUGGAUCACUAGAUUCUCUAAUCUUCCUCCUCUGUUCGUGUUGCGCUUCCCUCUGCUUUCUAUCACCAGUUGUUAUUUCUUUUCCUCUAUCAGAGUCGUGUAGCAUAUUCCUCUAUUUUGUGUUGUUGGUGCUGGUUUAUGGGUGUAAAAUGUUCGAUCUAUUAGUCUUUCGGCUUUCCCCUAUGAUGUUGCUCUUCUUCUUCCUUGUUCAAGUGCCGCUGUCGAGUGUGUGUAGUUAUGGGAAGCAUUGAAUCUUUAUGUCUUCUUCGUUGGUCUGUUAGGCGUGACACGGUAGGAGCGCCGGCCAGAAUCAGCAUCGAAGCUACUUUCUCAUAUCCUUGCCGAUGUCAGCUGUGGUCCUUUGCAUGUGUAGUUGCAGCUCAAGUAGACCCAGAAUUUUCCUCUCCUCUAUUCUUCAUCGUGAUUUACCUCUUGUUUGUAUUGUUGAUGGUCUGAGGAGACUUGUAUUUGGCAUGACCUUCUUGUUUGACUUCAUCUCUCCCAUCUCUCAUCCCGACGGCAACAGCGACAGAGGAGACGCCUCCACUGUCUUCGGCUUCAUCAUCCCUCUGCUCUUCUUUUCAGUCUCUCUUUCAACCCAUCGUCAACUUCCACAAACACCCCAUUGUUCAGCGAUGGUUGCAACAUCGACACUUGCACCGACAGCAAUUAUUGUUGGUGUUGCAGGGAGCGACGUACGUGCCACGCUACAACUUUUCAAAUGCAAGGUUGUCAAGAGAAAUGAGUCAGAUUGGUUAUCACUUCAGGCGGGCCCAAUUUUCAGCUGAUUCUAAUGGAAUAUGAGGACUGUUUUUCUUUCUAUAUUAUUUUAUAUUUUAGUUUUCUUGCUUUUUUCCUUCCGAUUUCUUAAUUAAAUAUUUACUUGCUAUUGCUUUA